CUCUCUCUCUCUUUCUUCAUCAAACAGACACAGAGCACCAUGACUCGAGCAGCUCUGAACAUCAUCAUCCUCUCUCUUCUUAUUUUCUGCAGAUCUUGUCAAUGCCGCAAACUUCUGCUCUUUCUCAUCGAUGGAUUCAGAUAUGAUUACAUAGAUGACUUACAAAACCUGGCUGGAUUCAGAGAGAUCGUGGAAAAUGGUGUUAAAGUGGAUUACAUGACUCCAGAUUUCCCCAGUCUGUCCUAUCCAAACUAUUAUUCUCUAAUGACAGGACGCUUCUGUGAAGUGCACCAAAUGAUUGGGAAUUACAUGUGGGAUGAAGAAUCCAAUAAGGAAUUUCUGAUCGGGACGAAUCCGGACAGCCGGCUGCCCCUGUGGUGGAAUAACUCGGAGCCGCUUUGGGUGACCAUGCAGAAACUGGGAAAAAGAGUCUACAUGUACUUCUGGCCCGGUUGUGAAGUGUCAAUUCAUAAUGUGAGACCUACGUUCUGUGAGGAAUAUGUCUAUAACCCGUCAGAGAAGAAUCUCACAGACUCGAUGGAGAACGCUCUCAAUAUGUUAAAAAACAAUAAAGCAGACAUGGCAGCGAUUUAUUAUGAGAAGAUCGAUGUUGAAGGACAUCACUACGGUCCUCAUUCUCCACAAAUCCAGAGCGCCGUACGUUCACUGGACCAGGCCUUCCAAACACUCAACCAAAAAAUCAAGGAAAAGAAUAUGAGAAAUGAUGUAAACGUGGUUAUGUUUUCUGACCACGGUAUGACCCAGCUGAAGUGGAUGGAGAAAGUUAUCGAGCUGGACAAGUACAUUGACAUGUCAAACAUCAUUAAAAUGUUGGACAGAGGACCGGUGGUUAGCCUGUGGCCCAAACAAGACAAGUUUGAGGAGAUAUAUCGAAACCUGAACACAGUGGACAACAUGAAGGUUUAUAAGAAGCAAGAGAUUCCAGACAGAUAUCACUACAAAAACGGGAGAUUUGUCUCUACGCUUACGCUUGUGGCAGAGCCCGGAUGGUUUAUCACAGAGAAUAAAGACAAACUACCCUUCUGGAAAAAUGGCACGGAAGGUUGGCAACACGGCUGGCACGGUUACGAUAAUGAGUUCAUAGACAUGAGGGGAUUUUUUCUGGCACAGGGACCAGACUUCAAGACGAAUUUCCGUGCUGGGCCCAUUCGAGCAGUAGAUGUGUAUAAUAUUUUAUGUAGGACACUGGGCAUCGACCCUCUGCCCAACAACGGCUCCUGGCCCAGAGUGGAGUUUAUGUUAAAAAGCUCAACAGGUGUAAAAUCAUUGUCUCUGAUGUACAGCUGGCUUCUGCCAUUACUGCUGUUUACACAGUCUGAUAUGCUGUAGGAUAUUCACAGGUGCUUCUGGAGAACUCACAUUCUCAUAGAAAUGAGAAGAAUAUCUCAACCAUAUUAUAUUUUUUUGGCUUUGACUUUUUAGUCUGCUUUUUGCAUCACUGUUUCUAUUAUGACUUCUCAAUGUUGCUUGAUGUUAAAGAAAUAGAAAGGAUGUUGGUGUUAGUAGAUGAACCAACUUGCACAUUUGCAAUAUACUGAAGAAAUGUAUAUUUUAGAGACAUUAUAAUGGUAUAAUUUUUUUGCGUUCUAUAUUUGUAUUAAUCUGUUUCUAUUAUUGUGUGAAUAGGUGCUGUAUGCAGUUUUUCUGUAUACGAACAUAGUGAAAAGACUUUUAUUUAUAAUUACCCUACUUAAAAAUCCAGCUAAAAUCAGCAUAAGCUGGUGAGCUAGUUUACGCUGGUCUUUCAGCUUGGUUUUGGCUGAUAUAGCAAGCUGGUCUAGUUGUGUUUUGGUCACUUUUUAAGCUGGUCUAGCUGGACUUAGCUGGUCAGGCUAAAAGGCCAGCUGACCCACCAGCUUGUCCAACUUAGUCAGGCUUAGAGGACCAGCUUAGACCAGCUACUGCCACCUUAAACCAGCCAAAAACCAGCUGCCAGCUUAUGCUGGAUUUUUCAGCAAGGCCUAGCAUAAAAUGUAAUGGUUCUAGUUCUAGGCUUUAGUCCCACCUUCCUCUCAUGCUUUGUAAAGUUUUAAAUGUUUAGUACAUGUGGUUUAUUUUCUACUCAUAAAAGCGCAUGCUUUUCUUUUAGUACAAACUUUAUUUCACAAUAAAAAAAAUUUUUCUCAUA